ACCUUAGAAAUUUAUAAGACGGUAUUGUUUAUUAGCGUCGCUAUAAACACACUAGUCGCUCUCCUCUCAGAACAGAAGCACACUAGUAGCUGAACACACAACUUCAUAAGCUGACAAAGGCAAAAGAAAAAAGCAAAAGAGAACCCAAGCUUUUUCCAGAAGCUUCAGUUUCAGUUCUGAGUUGCAGACAUUGAGAACUCGGAGAUGGGAUCUGGUGCCGGAAGUUUCCUCAAAGUUCUCCUUAAAAACUUCGAUGUUCUUGCCGGGCCUGUGGUUAGUUUGGUUUACCCUCUGUACGCCUCAAUUAGGGCUAUAGAGACCAAAUCUGCAACUGAUGACCGCCAAUGGCUUACUUAUUGGAUUCUCUAUUCUAUGAUUACACUCUUUGAGCUCACCUUUGCCAAACUUAUUGAGUGGAUCCCAAUCUGGUCAUAUGCCAAGCUGAUCAUGACUUGCUGGUUGGUCAUCCCAUACUUCAGUGGUGCUGCAUAUGUCUAUGAACACUAUGUCAGGCCGUUUUUCCUCAACCCACAACAGACGAUCAAUAUUUGGUAUGUUCCAAGGAAGAAGGAUGGCUUUAGUAAGCCAGAUGAUGUUCUAACAGCUGCAGAGAAGUACAUUGAAGAGAAUGGUACUGAAGCAUUCGAGAAACUCAUUCAUAGGUCUGACAAGUCCCAAAGGAGUGGAGGAUCCAUCUUUGAUGAUGAUCAUAGGUACUACUACUGAGGCUCGUUCUUGCAACACGUUUUCAAUGUCAUGUGGUUCCUUGGUGGAGUAAACAAGAUUUAGCCCUGAUCCUUUCAUGCCCUCUACUUAGGUCUUGCUUUGUUUUUGUUUGUUUGUAAAGGAAACUCAACGAUCCUUGCUAUAUGUAAUUAAUCGUGGUUUGAUAUUAUUUUCUUAAUUAGAUUAUAAUUUCUUCCAUGACCUUAUUUCAUUUUCUUUGCCUUAAAUUGUGAAUCCUGAGCUUGUGGAUUGAAUUAUUGUGGUAUCAUGCCUAGAAUGUACAGUGCAUCUUGGUAAGCUCCUGC